AUGGAGCGAUCCAAGUCGUACAAUCUGCGUUCGCGAGACCCGGUUUCGGAAUUGAAUCGGAGUGGGCAAGUGCCCAGACCUUUAAGGUUGAGCGAGCUACAACUCGAUGAUGCUGCCAGCAUAACGUCGAUACAAGCCACAAAAAGGCGCAGCCUCCAAAUCGAUGACGGUGAUGAGGAGGCCGAGACCGUUAUUGUACGGAAGCGUCAUCGCUCCGCCCCUGAGGUCGGCGGAACUGCCAUCUUGGGACCAGUACCGGCUUAUCAAGCCGCUGCAGUCACGGGACGUGGUAAAUAUGUUUCCCUAUGUGCUUGGUCCAAAGAGGAGAAAAGCGCAGCGACUUUGUUGGUGGAAGAUCACCCCGAUAUCAGCGUCAACGAGCUUUUUGAAUGGUCGAGGCGCCGGGGACAUCUGAUCAAACGCAGCAGCAUCAGGGCAUUUAUCGUUCGGCCUGGCUCUGGCCGCCCUCUCAGUUUGAUGGAGCUCCAUAAAGAAGACCUAGAAGCGGCGGUGAAGAUGAAUCCUAGAAUUUCAAGCCGACAACUGGCGGCGGUGUUGGGCAUCCCACGGACUUCAGCGCGACUGAUGUGCCAGCAACUUGGUUACCGCCGCUACAAAAUGAGGCCAGUACAAAUGCUGUCUGCAAAAAACAAAGAAGAUCGACUGCGCUGCGCACGAAAUUUCCUAGAUGGGCUCGAAUCCGGAGACCUGGACCUAAAAAGGAUCCUUUUCUCCGAUGAAAAAUUUAUUCGGAUCGAUCCGCCCAAAGGCGACCAAUUCGUCCUAUCCAAGGCGACUACGAAGCGGGAGGUUGAGGAGGAGCUGCUCGACAUGCCACAUGGCAAGCCAACCGGCCCCGGCUUCACCUUUUGGGGUGGUGUGGGCGGGAACGGGAAGAAAUUGCCGUUGCUGGUGUUAGAGCAGGGCCAGAGAAUAGGCGGCCUCGAAUACAGGUACUUCCUGGAGCAUCAUAUCAUUCCGUACGCCGAGCAGUUGUUUGGCCAUAACUUCAUCUACCAGCACGACUGGGCGCCGGGACACAAUGAUACGAAGACGCAUCAGAUGCUCAUCCAGAAGGGAAUUCGAUACCUGGACCGUAGCGAAUACCCACCAAACUCUCCCGACCUCAAUCCACUUGAUUAUUCGAUCUGGUCAAUGCAUGAAAGAAGAGUCCGGGACCUAACUGCUGGCUUGGAGCCCAACAUGCCGCUUAAAGAACGAAAAGAAGCUUUUGCUAAGGCCCUGCGACGCGCUUGGGCCAAACUCCCCGAGGAGCAGGUUGAGGCCGCGGUCGCACAACUACCGGAGCGUCUCUCACUUGUCAUCAAAAAUGAAGGAGGGAAUAUCGAGGCCCAAUACGGCGCCCGUGUCCGAUACAGAAAACAG